GGGGCUGACGCUGCCGGGGAGGCGAUGGGGGAAGCCCCCAGGAGCCCCGGUGGGGAAUGAGGCCGCGCUGCUGGCUGCGUGUCAGCCCCGCACAGUCCCGCCAGCCGCGGCUGCUCCCGCCAUCCCUCCCUGCCGCCCCGCGCCUGUCGCCUCUUGCUGUCGCCCUGCUCUCCCGGAGCGGGGUCCCUUCUCCCUGGCACUGCCCGGCUGGGAAAGGAGCCUGACUCAUCCCGGACGGGCCCCGGCAGAUGCCAGAGGGAGCAGCCUCAUCCCAUCGCACUGCGCCCGCGGAAGGAGGGCGGCGCUGCUCCAGACUCAGUACCUCACGCUUGGGUGGCGAGGGGCUCCCGGCAAGGCACAUCGACUGCUCCCGCCAUGCCCCACUUCCUGGAUUGGUUCGUGCCGGUGUAUCUGAUGAUCUCCAUUCUCAUCCUGGUGGGCUUUGGAGCUUGCAUUUACUAUUUUGAGCCAGGACUCCAGGAAGCCCAUAAGUGGCGAACGCAGAGGCCUAUCAUGGAACGAGACCUUCGGAAGACGCUGAUGAUUCGGGACAACCUGGCCUUUGGGGUGCCCGAGGUCUGACACGCUGCCCAUCAAGUCCAAAAGAGCCUUUCCUGAGUGGGCAGCAGUCCAC